AUGGAAACUAUAGGGAAUGAAAGUGGCACAGACUCUGAAGAAAGACAAACGUUGAACUGGCCCAUUAUUACAACUCAAGAAUCAUCAUUACAAUCGCAAAAUAAUUCACAUUUUCAGCAACAGAAUGUAACAGCUGACGAACAUAUUAGAUUUGGUUCUUAUGUUGUCCUUCGACAUAUAACCACGUCAAGAUAUUUAAGUGGAUCACCUAACAAUAACGAGACAUCAACUAAUAAUGAAUACAAAGCUCAGAUAUUUGCAUCUCGGUUAAAAUCAGAAAAUGAAUUGUGGACGGUUAUUCAAGCUUACGGCGAACGACGGUCGAAAGUGGGAGAGGUGGUUCCGUUUAACACUCAAAUACGACUCAAGCAUAUAAAAUCACAACGUUUUCUACGCUCACAUCCAGACUAUAAUGCUCCAAUUAGUAAUCAACAAG